AUGAAGUUCCAAAACCCAUUCUCCAUCUCGAGCGAGACCCGCGAGAAGAUCAAGGAGAAAAGCCGCUGCUGCGCCAUCUGGACAGUGCUCCCCAUUGUCAUCCUCCUCGUCAUCAUCAUCGUCAUCUCCUGCAAAUGGGAUGACAUCAAAAAGCUUCAUGAAAAGCACAAGACCAACUCCACUCCCACAACCAACGACAUCACCACCAACACCACCAUCCCAGGAAACCCCACUAACACCAACAACAAUAAUAACAACGACCCCACCAAAAAGUCGUCCAUCUGCACCAUUGUCCCAAAGGUAUCCUACACCUUCUACGGAUACCCAGACAACGACCCACCAGGCGCAGACAUCAUGCACGACUGCGGCCGCGGCACCAGCGCCGGCGGCAUCGGCACCUUCGCCAACCCCCUGACGAUGGCGACGGCCCCAGGGGAGCUCAACAACUGCGAAGUCGUCUACUCGCCGUACCUGCGCAAGUACCUCAUCAACGAGGACUACUGCGAGCAGUGCAAGACCGACUGGGUCAGCCACAUCUGGCAUGUGGAUAUCUGGCUGGGUGGGAACUCGACCACCCAGGGGACGGAGCAGCUUGACUGUGAGGGGAAGUUGACUCCUGCUGAGGAGAGUCAGGUUGUUGUUAGGGAUCCGUCGAAGGAUCUGCCGGUUGAUGCUUCGGUUUUUUACACCCCCGGCGACAAAGCUGCUUGCAAUACGGCAAGCACCUACUUAGAUGCCGUCGUGGAGGAUUACUGUUGA